AUGUAUCUGUAUCUAGACCUGCUGUUUCUAGGAUAUAUCUGUAUCUGUACAUGUUGUAUCUGUGUAUCAGUUGUCUGUACUCAGGCUGGUUCACUAGACCGACUAGUUCCUCCAGCAAGACUGACGGACUCUGGAGGGAAUGGUUUCACACUUGUCGGAGAAUCUGGUGAGGAAACUAGCAUAAGUCAUAGAUUACAAGUUACAAGUCAACUCUUUGAUAUGUUGUCAGAUAACAGCCAGGUAGAUCAUCCAUUGUGUGAGGAGUGCACGGAUACACUGCUAGAGAAUAUGGAACAGCAGCUGGAGCUCGCAGAACAGGAUUCACAGGAGUAUCAGGAGUAUCUAACUAUGCUAAACAAUGAAACCGAGGAUACUAGUUGUCUAUCAACCCUGGAGCAUGAACUGAACCAGCUCAUGCUGGAGGAAACAAACCUCAUGAAGGAACUCCAGGUCAGAAGUCUGGACUCUCAACUCCGCAGUACUCAAACCCAGCUGGAGAAAUUAAAGAAAACAAACGUGUUCAAUGCAACCUUCCAUAUUUGGCAUUCCGGACACUUUGGUACCAUCAACGGUUUCAGAUUAGGACGUCUUCCAUCUGUCCCUGUAGACUGGAACGAGGUUAACACCGCCUGGGGGCAGACCGUCCUCCUUCUCUCCAGCCUCUGCAGGAAGAUCAACCUCGUGUUGAACAAGUACAAACUGGUUCCGUACGGAAACUUUUCCUAUGUUAAAGUGCUGGCUGAGAACAAGGAUCUACCUUUGUAUGGUUCUGGUGGAUUCAAGCUCAUCUGGGAUACAAAAUUUGACGCGGGAAUGGCGGCUUUUCUAGACUGUCUUCAACAAUUCAAGGAGGAGGUAGAGCGAGGAGAUUCAGGGUUCUGUUUACCAUACGACAUGGAGAAAGGGAAAAUAAAGGAUCCUGCUACAGGGAACUCCUUCUCUGUGAAGAUCCAGUUUAACAGUGAAGAGCAGUGGACCAAGGCCAUGAAGUACAUGUUAACCAACCUCAAGUGGGGGUUGGCCUGGGUCACGUCAAAGUAUACUAAAUCUAGCAAUUGAUUCAUUGAUAGAUAGAUAGAUUUAAAUGGAUCAUCAGUGAGCUUUAGUAUAAAAUAUUUUUGAUAAGUUUGGCCACUUAACAUUCUUUUUUAUCUACUCAACAACAUUGUUGAAAGGUUUCACUUUGUCCAGUUUUUAUGUAUUUCAUAAAUUUAGACAUUUGGUUUUUGUGAACAGAGUUAAAAGUAAAACAACUUUUAAAGGGUUUAAAGUUUUAAACAAUGUUUAAAAUAAGUAUUUUUCACAUGGAUACAAAUUACAAAUGGUUCUUUCGAAUCUUAAAAACGUGUCAUGUCAUCAUUGUUUACAAAGAUUGCUUACUUUUUUACUAUUUUAUCAGUGCCAUAUAUAAGGAAGGAUUAAAAUUUGAAUAGAUAUAAUUUUAUAAAAGACCUGUUGAAGGUUGAUCUAGGUAUAUUUAAAAAAAUUUGAAACCAUUCUGUGAUAUAUUUCAGA